AUGGCGUCUCUUGAGCCCGCGUCGCCGUCCCCAGACCGGAGCUUGCCAGAUGCGCCGCCAGUCACCCUCCAGACUACAUACAAAUCUUUCAAGAGAAAGUAUGCGAAGCAAAAGAUUGGUUUCGAACUGGCGAUGAAGACAAGCAAUGCGCUCUUCAAAGAGGAACUAAGGAUUCGUGACCUCUCGAAGCGACUCAAGGAACAGAAUGAUCAGCUCCUAGAAGCUCUGCUAGAGCUCAACAGCAGUAUCCGCGUGCCCCCAGAACUCCGAUAUAACCUCGAUCUCCCCGGCUCCAAACUUCCCAAACUCCACUCUCCAGAACCAGAGCACAAUCCCCAAGAACCCUGUGGUGUAGAGACGGUUCGUGAGGCACUGCGGGUUGCUAGAGAGAGGCUCCUGGCGGGGGAACUCAAGCCAGAACAAUGCCGUCGCCUCGAAGAGUCACUCAUUCAGCGCGAGGAGUUCGCACCCGCGGUGCAGUACGCCUCACUCCUGAAGGUGCCACAUACCAGGUCGAGCGUUAAUGGAGAUCACCCUGCCACGGAACACGAUAUGGAUUCAACCCUUGGAUUCCUAAACCCGGAGCAUGAAAAUGAAUACUGCGCCGCACUCGAUGCAGCUGCCGCGGGAGAACCGAAGCCGUCAGCGGAAGCGGGGAAAGCAUCAUCUCUGGCAGCUGCAAGCAAGGACAAGGAGAUAGCUAUCCGGAACCCGGUGUCCGUGAUAAAUUGGUUGAGGAAACAUCAACCGCAAGUUUUUCUGCACGACGCUGAUGGCGUGACUGAGAAGCCCCCUCCCCGUUCUAACAAUCCGCGUAGUUCGAAGCGAGCGAGUACCCAUGCGCGAAAGGAGGAGGAUGUAUACGACGAAGAUGGGAUACUGAUUGAUGUGCAGGUUGGCGGUGGAGGAGGAGGUGCUGGUGGAGGCGGAGGAGGAAGUCGAGGAAAGAGAAAACGAGACGAAGACGGAGGCUAUCGACCUAAAGGCGGCAGUGGUGGCCGCUCGAGGAAGAAAAAGGAAGACGCCCCAAAACCACCCAAACCGGAACAACAUUGUAAUGGAGUCAUCAGACUCGUCCUCGGAUUCUUCCUCGUCGCUCAGCGCCUCGGCGGAGAGCCAACCCAACUAAACGAUUACCAGCAACAACAAGAUCAGCAAUCCGACUAUCACUGCAACCAGAGAUACAGCGGAAUACUACCCGGUUUCCUCCACCUUUUCCGGAAAAAGUACAGAUUCCCCAAUGAAUGGGGCUACAUGCCAGGUCCCUAUGCGAUCAUGUAUUACGAGGAGGAAAUGACAAGGAAUGACCUGCCGCUGGAUAAGGGAUCAGAGGCCCGCCGGCAAGGAGAAUCAGUGGAUUUAUGGGUGAGUUGGAGAAUGGGAAAUUUUAAAUUUGCACAGUGCUGGGAGUGGUAUCCAUUUAUAUAUAUGGACCCCAUUAUAUUCGCCAUCAAAGACGCAAAGAACAAUAAAUACUGGAACAAUUACUGUUUUGAGGGCAAUCUCACGCGCAGAGUCAACGCUGCCGGUUGCCCAAAUGUCGUCAAGAUGGAUGCGUUUCUAUGGCAUGUAUUCCACAGCAUAGCAACAGCAUUGCUCUACUGCGUGCAUGGCCAUGAAGAACCAUGUCGGAAAGCGAGCUGGGAGAUCAUACACAAGGAUGUUGAGCCAGGAAACAUUCUCUUGGGUGCGGUACCGUCGCGCAACAGCGAGGAGCUCUACUCGAAUUGCUAUCUAGGGGACUCUGGUUUGGCCUACACCAUCCCCAACGAGGAUGUCCGCGCGUACAAGAAAGGCUACCCUGGGGAAGACAUCUACUCUCUCCCCCUCUCCAUUCGUGAGGCCAUCGAUAUUGCGCCGAACAUCUACACCGCAGACGAAAUGACUACCCUCCGCAAACUCCCCUAUGGUGAGAAAUAUCUCCCCUAUCCCCUUGACAUGAUUAAACUCUCCCGCGCAGGUGGACCCAACUGGACGUAUAAACGACCCAAUAUCUACUCCCUGUGGAAGGCGACUGGCGAACAGGCGUGUAAGUGGAAAGAGAAAGUUAUGGAGAAUAGACGGCUGGCGUUUCAGUACAGGAAAGAGUGCUACGAUGGGAUGAUGCUGCCGGAUGAAGAGAGUGGGCUGCAGUUUUAA